AUGGAGUCGAUAUCGCGUAUCUCUGGCAUGCUGGAGACAGCACGCGACCUCACGCUCGAGGCGGCUCGAGAUGCAGGAGCCAGUCGACGGUCGAUCAAGCAGAUGCCUUCGGCCCAAAUAAAGAAGUUGCUGGACAGCAGGAACGAACGAGAUGUGCUCGAGGGCUUGCGCCGUGUCAUUGAAAUGCAAUACACGGCUCCUCUGUCGCAAACACUUCCCUUCUUCCCUUCGGUCCUCAAGACUCUCUCACACCCGACAUCAUCGACCCGACCGCUCGUAUACUCGUACCUACUACACCAUGCCGAGGCCGAUCCGGAUACUGCCCUGUUGUCUAUCAACACGAUUCAAAAGUCGCUCUCCGACACCAGCCCUCGUGUACGUGCCAUGGCCCUCAAGACCAUGUCUGGCGUUCGUAUCCCUCUCAUCAGCCAAAUCGUCUCGCUCGCAAUCAAGAAGGGUACUGCCGAUAUGAGUCCGAUAGUUCGCAAGGCCGCUGCUUUCGCCUGCGUCAAGUGCGUCAAGCUGGACCCCUCAACUCUACCUCAGGUUACCGAUUAUCUGUCUACACUUCUUGGAGAUAAGCAGUACUUCGUCGCUGGUGCUGCUGUCGCUGCUUUCAGCCAGGUCUGUCCCGAACGUUUGGACCUGAUCCACCCGCAUUACAGAAGCCUUGUCAAGAAGCUGGUCGACAUGGACGAAUGGGGGCAGAUCUCUACCUUGCAGUUGAUGACCGUCUAUGCGCGAAAGUCUUUUCCAAGAAGGACUCGUCGUCUUCGCAAGGCCAACACUCAAGUUGAAAAACAGAAGGGCUUCUACGACGAUGAUGAUGCCGACGAACAGGAGGUCGAGUACGAAGACGUCGAAGUCUUGGAUCCCGAUCUUGACCUCCUUCUUACCUCCGCAUUACCACUCUUGCAGUCUCGCACCUCAGCCGUCGUAAUCGCUGUUACGCGAGCCUACCUUUACCUGGCUCCUGCUCAAUAUCUACACCACGCCAUUGGUCCCUUGACCGCUCUCCUCCGUGGUCCUCCUGACAUCAACCAGAUCGGCCUUCACAAUAUUGUCCAGAUCUGUCUUCUUUACCCACAGCACUUUGUCCCACACUUCCGCCACUUCCUUCUUCGAUCUGGUGAAGGUGAACAGACCUGGCGUCUCAAGCUUGAAGUUUUGACCCUUGUCUUUCCUCACUGUGCCACUGAUGUACAAGGCCUCAUCCUCACCGAACUCGAACACUUCUCACAAGGCCACGAUCCUGCUCUCGUUCGUGAGUCAGUACGAGCAAUUGGUCGUUGUGCUCACAAUUCGGAUGCUACUACCGGUUCUCGAUGUCUGCGAUUACUACUCCGUCAAAUCCACAGUCCGGACCAACAUCUUGUCGCCGAGGCCUUAGAAGUCAUCCGACACAUGAUUCAACGCGAUCCGCUUUCUCAUACUAAGACUGUCAUCCGUCUGGCGAAGAACCUCGAUACACUGACUAGCCCUGCUGCACGCGCCAGUAUCAUCUGGCUAGUCGGUGAAUUUGCUGGCUACUCUACAGACCAAAGCAUUGCACCCGAUGUUCUGCGUAUCCUCGUACGUGGGUACCCUGACGAGCACGAUCUUGUGAGACAACAAAUCGUCUUGUUAGCAGCCAAGGUAUAUUUGCACUGGUUAAAUGCCGAAAACGCGACGAAAAAGAAAGACGGCCCUCCCAUUUUGGAACGCCAAUCGAGCUCAACUGUUCUUGCGCCUGACGAGCAUGAAGAUGGUGCAGGCUUCAGAGACGAAGGAUUUGAGAACGAAAACACUUCGAACUUCGACUCACAAGAAGACAAGUCUCACCCGAUAUCGCUACUAUACCAUCACACCCUGCUCUUAGCACGCUAUACGCCCUCAUACGAUCUACGCGAUCGUGCCCGCAUGUUCCGUGCAUUGCUAGCCGUUCCUUCAAGCACCGAGCUCGCAUCGCUCCUUCUGCUCGCACCCAAGCCGGUACCUCAAGCACCGAGUCCAAGCGAGAGCCGUAAAGGCUAUGUACUCGGCAGUGCCAGCUUGGUCAUCGGAGAGGAGAGCGGUGUGGGCGGACUCAGCGGAUACGAACCCUUGCCGGACUGGGUUCAGGAGGGUGAAGAACCUGACGCCAAACUCAGAAACGAUGAUACCGAAGCCAAGACCGAAUAUAGGGUUGGUGGAUCGACCAACGCGCCCGCGAGUAGAAUGCUGGAUGAUGCACUCAAGGGAUCCGCGCCCGUCUCAUACAAACCCAAGUCUGGUGCGCCGGCCAAAGAGAAGACCUUGGACGAUUGGCUCGACGAAGAAGACGACGAGUCAGAAGAAGAGACUGACGAGUCCGAAGGUGAAGAGGAAGAGACCGAUGAAGAUGAAGAAGAGACAGAUGACGAAGAUGAUGAAGAAGAUUCAUCAGAAGAGGAAGAUGAAAGCGAUAGCGAUGACGGAAACGAAAAAAGGCGACUUGUUGGAUAA